AUGCUUACAGAUCUGGAGGACAAAGAAAAAAUUGGGGAAAAAGUAUGCCAAUGGAUGGCACAGGAGUCGCAGGCUUCGUUUAGCGAACGUCAUGGAAAUAAAGACGAAAAGGAACUCUUCCAAGUAACCGUGUGUCAUCUAGCAAAAGGCCAUGAGACUUUCCCUGUUAUUCACCACGGAAAUCUGAACAUCUUCAAUGACAUUCUCGCCAAGCAUAAUCAUUAUGGCGAAUAUGGAAACGCGCUUUGUACAUUGGGAGAUAUCUUGUGGCCACCUGAUCGCCCACUCCCAUAUCCAGCGUGGGGGGCAAUCGAGAUGCGACUUCAUGUAGCAAGUCUAGAACGGUUCCAUGAAUUAAUUUUGGCAUUGACAACUUGCAUGGAAGAUCAACUGAAAAGCCAUUGCUACAAUGCUGUUGGAAAUUUCUUAACUUUCUUUGAGAGCUAUAAGAAUCGGAAGGAUUUGACACAGUCUUUGGAAAGCUUCUACCGUGAGUACAAUCCUCCAAUCACGGCCAAGCACCACACUUGCGUCGGUUUGGGCUUGGACUUAGCUGGAAGGAUAGUGGAAUUGGAGCAGACAUACCCUGGUAUCAGUUCUGCCCUCUUCUUGGCUUCAUGCGAAGAGGAUAUUGGAAACGUCAAUCGAUAUGUUUCGACUCCAACUCCAGAUACCCGCACGUCAGAAAAAGAGCACGUCGUCAUUGCUUUAAACAUUGAACUGGAAGGUCGAGUAGGCGUUUUAAUACUGGAUACAGGUUACCAUGUUCCACGACCUGUGAUAGUCAGGGAGGAUCGCCUAUAUCCUCACAUUGAAUGGUUCAAACCGGGUGGCACAAGUCGAUCACGACGCCUGUACAACUACACCCUACAUCUUUUGAAUUUAAGGACAUCUGUUCAUUGCUAAAAUAAAGAUUUUGGCAAAAUACAAAAUUUAUGGAAAAGUCGGGCUUAUUGUUUCAGGCUAUGGAAAAGUCGGGCUUACUUUCUCGGGCCUAUUUUGUCCGGCUUACUUUCUCGGGCCUAUUUUGUCCGGCUUACUUUCU